UAGUCAUAUUAAAAUUGAAGCCAUCAGCGCGCUCAGUAGCCGCUUGGAUUGCAUUUACAGCGCUCUUCUACUCAGCCGGCAUGGUAAUCCUAAUGUUCGUAGGAUGUAGCAUGAACGACUUUGCCGGUUAUAAGACUGGCACGAGCAAUAACUCUGCCAUGAUCGAGGAAGCAUGUGACCUCAACUGUUCCUGUGAUAAGGAGAAUUUUGCGCCCAUUUGUGGUGUUGACGGACGUAUAUAUAUUUCCACCUGCCAUGCUGGAUGCGAAUCAUCUUCGAUGCGAGAAAGCGAUAGCCGCGUCGUAUUUAGUAAUUGUACUUGCAUUCCAGAUUGUAAGUUUGAAACAUAUGUACAUAUAUAAUUCAUUACAUUUUCGAUGUCGUACACAGCGUAUACGUAAUAUUUUAUUCACAUAAUUUUUUUAUUUUAAUUCAUAUAUGUA